AAUUCAAAACCCAAUCGUUAAGCUAAAUAAUAUUUUGCAAAUAAGAAAAAUAAGUCCAAACAAAAUAAAGAGCAAACGCAAAUAGAAUAGAGAGAUAUAUUUAUUAUUUGCCUAUAAGGCCAAACUAAAUAUUUGCCGGCGGCAAAUGUUUAAAAGGUGUUAAGUGUUUCGUGGGAGUGAAGUUUUUUAAACAGAAAAAGAAUAAAUCAAAUAAAUAUUUCACCGGUGUACAAGUGAGCGUAUGAAGUAAAGCAACAUGUGUGUGUUUUAAAAGUGUUUAAAGAAAUCGAAGUAGAUACCCGAAAAGUUCUUUGACAGAGAUAAAGAGCGAUAGCGAAAAAUUCCAAAAUGUGGCGUCAGAUCCUGUUUAUUUUACCCACCUUGAUACAAGGCGUCCAGCGCUACGAUCAAAGUCCCCUGGAUGCCAGCCCCUAUUAUCGCAGCGGCGGGGGUUUGAUGUCCAGUUCUGGGACCGAAUUGGAUGGACUACCCCAUCACAAUCGCUGCGAACCCAUCACCAUUUCGAUCUGCAAGAAUAUCCCGUACAACAUGACCAUUAUGCCGAAUCUUAUUGGACACACAAAGCAGGAAGAAGCGGGUCUGGAGGUCCAUCAGUUCGCUCCGCUCGUAAAGAUCGGCUGCAGCGAUGAUCUCCAGUUGUUCCUCUGCUCCCUAUAUGUUCCGGUCUGCACUAUUUUGGAGAUACCUAUACCGCCCUGCCGAUCUCUGUGCGAAUCGGCCAGAGUGUGUGAAAAGUUGAUGAAAACCUACAAUUUCAACUGGCCGGAAAAUCUCGAGUGCUCCAAGUUUCCCGUCCAUGGCGGGGAGCAUUUGUGCGUGGCCGAGAAUACCACCUCGUCGGCCUCCACGGCGGCCACGCCCACAAGGAGUGUGGCCAAGGUCACCACCCGGAAACACCAGACGGGCGUGGAAAGUCCGCACCGCAACAUCGGAUUCGUCUGUCCCGUGCAACUGAAAACACCGCUGGGCAUGGGCUACGAACUGAAAGUUGGCGGAAAGGAUCUCCAUGACUGCGGAGCACCAUGUCAUGCGAUGUUCUUCCCGGAAAGAGAACGGACUGUUCUUCGAUAUUGGGUUGGAUCCUGGGCAGCCGUCUGCGUGGCCAGCUGCUUGUUUACGGUGCUCACCUUCCUGAUUGACUCGUCGCGUUUUCGCUACCCGGAGAGGGCCAUCGUGUUUCUGGCCGUCUGUUACCUGGUAGUUGGAUGUGCCUACGUGGCGGGAUUGGGGGCGGGCGACUCCGUGUCGUGCCGCGAACCAUUUCCGCCACCCGUCAAGCUCGGCCGCCUGCAGAUGAUGUCCACCAUCACCCAGGGCCACCGCCAAACCACGUCCUGCACGGUUUUAUUCAUGGCACUCUACUUCUGCUGCAUGGCAGCCUUCGCGUGGUGGUCGUGUCUGGCAUUCGCCUGGUUUUUGGCCGCCGGCCUCAAAUGGGGCCACGAGGCUAUUGAGAACAAGUCGCACUUAUUCCACCUGGUUGCCUGGGCGGUGCCCGCCCUCCAGACCAUCUCCGUGCUGGCCCUGGCCAAAGUUGAAGGCGACAUCCUUUCUGGCGUUUGUUUUGUGGGUCAGCUGGACACGCACUCCCUGGGCGCCUUCCUAAUCCUGCCCCUCUGCAUUUAUCUCUCAAUCGGAGCGCUCUUCCUGCUGGCCGGAUUCAUAUCGCUUUUCCGGAUCCGGACGGUGAUGAAGACGGACGGCAAGAGGACGGACAAGCUGGAGCGCCUGAUGCUGCGAAUCGGUUUCUUCUCCGGGCUCUUCAUCCUGCCCGCUGUAGGGCUACUAGGCUGCUUGUUCUACGAGUACUACAACUUUGACGAGUGGAUGAUCCAGUGGCACCGGGACAUCUGCAAGCCCUUCUCGAUUCCUUGCCCGGCGGCCAGGGCUCCUGGAUCUCCGGAGGCGCGGCCCAUCUUCCAGAUCUUCAUGGUCAAGUACCUCUGCUCGAUGCUGGUGGGGGUCACCUCCAGCGUUUGGCUCUACUCCAGCAAGACGAUGGUCAGCUGGCGGAACUUCGUGGAGCGGCUGCAGGGCAAGGAGCCGCGGACCCGGGCGCAGGCGUACGUCUAGUAUGAGACGGGUCCGGCGGGCGGGGCCAAGUCCACGCCCCUCACUCCC